GAAGGACGGUUGAACUCGACGAAAGAGAAGAUGAACCACGGCCAGCAAUCAAGCGAUGGAAAGCACGAUGACGACGCUGCUCUCUCCGAUUUCCUGGCAUCGCUCAUGGACUAUACUCCAACUAUACCUGACGAACUUGUGGAGCAUUACUUAGCGAAGAGUGGGUUUCAAUGUCCCGAUGUUCGAUUAACAAGGCUGGUUGCUGUUGCAACGCAGAAGUUUGUUGCAGAGGUGGCAAGUGAUGCACUUCAGCAUUGUAAGGCAAGGCAGGGUGCUGUAGUCAAGGAUAAAAGAGAGAAGCAGCAAAAGGAUAAGCGCCUAAUUUUGACAAUGGAAGACCUCUCAAAGGCACUGCGUGAGUGUGGGGUGAAUGUGAAGCAUCAAGAGUAUUUUGCUGAUAGCCCUUCAACUGGAAUGGAUCCUGCUUCUAGAGAAGAUCAAUAAGCUGAGUUGAACUGUUGGUCAAUAUUACUCGUUUGUAUGCUGAAGAUACUGCUACCAUAGCCAGUUUCUCUUUUAAGUUUAAACAUAUUGCAUGGAUCUUGCUUAGCAAUGUGCAAAACAAUAGGGCGGGCUUAUUGCAACAUCCUAAGGUGUUACCACUCUAAAAUAUUGCACUUUUACUUUAUAUCCCUUUAAUUAAUGGGUUUUUGAGAACGUUAUUUACAGCAGGAAGAACACCCAUGCCUACUAACAUAGAGGCCGGUGAUUGUGGUCAACAAAACAAAAGUUGCCAAGAUGCAAAAUGCACCCCAUCCCACCAACUCCCAACGGUUUUCUUAUUUUCAUUGAAUGCCCUUUAGCCUAUAAACAUGCUUGCCAUUC